UCCUUCCUUUGACCACAGCACGGGUACUUAGAAUGAAGAAUACUCUGCUGCCACCAUUCUUGUCUACCAGCAGACUUAUACACAUGCCUUGCUCAUCAUAUAGUCAGGAUCUCUAGCCACACAUACUUAAACUUACCAGUUUCUAAAAUCCUUGCUCCCCCUUUCAAUCAUACAUAUCCAACUAACUUAUUUUUGCAUAUAUAUAUUUUGACAAACUUGGUUUUAAUAUAUGGAUGAAAUUGAAGUUCCUCAGUAUUUCAUGUGCCCUAUAUCCCUUCAAAUCAUGAAAGACCCAGUAACCACUACAACAGGCAUCACAUUCGACCGAGACAGCAUUGAGCAGUGGCUAUUCACCAACAAUAGCACCACAUGCCCAAUCACCAGACACCCUCUCCCUAAAAACUCUCAUCUAACCCCAAAUCACACCCUUCUCCGCCUAAUCCAAGCUUGGUGCACCCAAAACGGUAUUCACAGCAUUCCUACUCCUAAACCACCACUUGACAAUCAAGUCCUGAAGCUCCUCAAAGACCUCAAGGACCCCAAGCUGCAACUAAAAAAUAUCAAGGAAUUGAAGUUUCUAGCUUCUCAGAACGAGAGAAAUAACAAGUGUUUACUACAGGCUGGUGUGCCAAAAGCCAUGAUCCUAUUCAUGUUGACCUGUUUUAGAAAAGGUCAAUUUGAUAAGGGUCUAGAAGAAGCCCUAAGUUUAUUGCAAUUGCAGCUUAUUGAUAUGUCACAAGAGGACACAAAGCUCCUUCUAGCGGAAAACAAUCAAAUAUUGGAUUCUCUAACGUGGGUUUUGGGUUGUGAGGUGGAAAAUUCACUUGCUAUGAAAUCCCAUGCAGUGGCGUUACUCAACACAAUCAUGCAAAAAGCCAGCUCCGGAGUAAUGGAGAGACUUAAACCUGAAUUAUUUGAGCGGAUUGUUAAAUUUUUCCGAUGUGGGACUUGCCAACAACGCAUCAACGCUGCUCUUCGUGUCAUGUUAAGCGCUUGCCACUGGGGGAGAAACAGGAUCAUGAUGGUGGAAAGUGGUGCAGGUUUUGAACUCGUAGAGAUUGGGUUGGGGACACCUGAAAAGAGCACCACGGAACUCACAAUGGAGAUAUUAUUUUAUCUGUGUUCUUGUGCUGACGGGAGAGCUGAGUUUGUGAGUCACAAAGGUGCCAUUGCGUUGUUGACGGAGCGAAUCUUCACGGUUUCGCAAAAUGUGGAUGAAAGAGCCGUGUUUAUUCUUUCAUUGGUGUCUAAGUUCUCGGCCACUCGUGUGGUGCUUCAGGAGAUGGUGGAGGUUGGGACCGUGUCCAAGCUUUGUAGGUUGGUUCAGAGUGAUCAUCAUGGCACGUAUUUGAAAGACAAAGCAGGAAAAAUACUCAAGUCUCAUGCUGAUGUUUGGAAAUGUUCUCCUUGCAUUUCUGAUCGUGAUCGAUCCUUUUAUGCGAAUAUGUUAAGUGAAAUGCAAUGUUAUUCUAUUCAUAGCUCUAUGCCAAAUUAAUCUUUUCUUUAUACUAUAUAUUAUCUUCCAGAAUCAAUUGAAAAUAGUUUUCUUUUGUAAUUAUAUAUAACUUGCGCCUUUGCGUGGA